AUGCUGCCAUUCACGGUUCUGCUACUGACAGCGUGCAAAUUUUGGGUAGAGGCAUAUCCAACCGUGCAAUCCCAGGUACCAUUCCAACCUCUGGAUCAUACCCAAGGUUACGAAUUUGACCCCUUGCUUCACCUACCCGGUAUAUCGCCAUACUUUGAUGCUGUCGGGUUUGGUCUCCAACACACAGCGCCGCCUGGUUGCAAAGUGACUGCAGCGUCGUACAUCAUCCGCCAUGCAGCCAUUUACGCCAACGACGAUGAGUAUCAAACUUACAUCAAGCCAUUUCUGUGGAAGCUGGAACAGCAUCGACAAGGCUGGUCCGGUCCAUUGGAAUUCAUGGCAACGUGGCAUUCGCCUAUUCUCGAGGACAAACUGGAGGAUAUCACCCCAUCCGGUGCCCGCGAUGCCUUGAAAGUGGGGACUCAUCUCCGAAAGCGAUAUCCCGAGCUGGCGCCUACAGUCAAGAGAGUCCUCGCCGAUAAAAAGGCCCGCACCUUUGACACUGCAAAAGCCUUGGUGAAAGCUUUCCCUCAGGCGCAGGAGGUCGAGGUUGUGCGCAUCUUGCACGAUAAGAAUGGCAGCAUGGACGCUUUGGUCCCCCAUAAGUCAUGUCCAGCCUUCAACAAGGAACCGGGAAAAGAGGAGAUGGCCAAGUUUGUCCACCACUAUGCCCAGCACGUUUCCUCUCGGCUCGCUCCCUUUACGCCCUUCGAACUUGAGGACAAUGAUAUUGUCGGCCUUCAAGGCCUUUGUGGCUAUGAAUCUGCCAUCAGGGGCCAACGCAGUCCCCUGUGCCAAGUCUUCACCGAUGCCGAGUGGAUGUCAUAUGAAUACGCCUGGGACCUGAGAUAUGCUCACAUGGUCGGCCCCUUGAAUCCACUUUCACCAUAUCUCGGGUUUCCCUGGCUUCAUGCUCAGAGUACUCUUUUCCAGCGGAUCCAAGCUGAUGGGGGAGCUACAAAUACUGGUUCAGGCUGGCCAGACGGACAGCGUUUCUUCCUUAGCUUCACUCACAGAGAAGUCCCUCCAUUCGUUGCCACAGCCCUUGGGAUCUUCAAUUCCUCAUCGUUGGCAAUUGAGGAAUUUCCCACCGACCAUAUCAAUUGGGUAAGAGCUUGGAGGAUGAGUGAUCUCAUCCCGUUUCUUGGCCACGUUGGUAUGGAGAAGAUGACCUGCGAUAGCCGCCCGGGACGAGACGGGGAGUAUAUCAGGAUCAUCGCCAACACGGCUCCAAGACCUAUUCCCUGGUGUCAAGAUGGGCCAGGUGCCAGUUGUCCCAUGGACCAAUUUGUGGAUAUAAUUGCAAAUGGUUCUGCCAGACACGCAGACUUUCAUGCAAUUUGUGGAAAUAGUCCAAAAUGA